AUGUGGAACUAUCUGUUUGGAGGCGCCAAGCAAAAGAAGGAGCUCCCUAAGAAGGCCAUUGUAGAUUUACGGGAACAUAUCAAUACACUCAACAAAAAGAGUAGCUACCUCGAAUCACAAAUUCAAGACCAAGAGGCGUUGGCUAGGAAAUACGUUACUACAAACAAGAACUUGGCGAGAAAUGCCCUCAAGAAGAAGAAGAAACUUGAAGGAGAACUAUUGAAGAUUGAGAACCAGAUUGAAUCGUUAGAGGUGCAAUUAGGCGCCAUUGAGUCGGCUAAUUUGAAUGUGGAAACCAUGAAGGCCAUGAAACAGGGCGCUAGGGCAAUCAAACAGAUGCACAGCGACUUCGAUAUAGACAAGGUGGACGAGACAAUGGACGAAAUCAGAGAACAGGUUGAGGCCAGUGAGGAAAUCUCGGAAGCUAUUAGUAGACCUCUAGGUUCUGAGUUUGUCGACGAGGACGAGUUGGACGAAGAACUAGCAGCCCUACAAGAGGAGGAGAUCAACUCCCAUAUGGUGGAUACCCAUAACGAUGUCCAAAAUCAAAAUAUUCAGACCCCAAUGAGGCUAGAAUCGCCAACCUCUCAAAGGAUAAACAACUUACCUUCAGCGCCUACAAAGAAGGUGCAACCACAGCAACAGCAACUCCCCGUAGAGGACGAGGACGAGGACGAACGUGCCUUGAGAGAGUUACAGGCCGAGAUGGGGAUGUAA